ACCAAACUUACUCUCCUUUUUUUCGUCUCUACUUGACUACAUCUAUAGAUAUAGAAUAUACAGAAGAGACCCUUUUCUCUCUCUGUCAACCUACCACUCAUUAUCUCUCUCUCUCUCUGUGAAAAUAACAUACAGCAAUCUGUAACACAGUAACACACCUCUUUCUCUCUCUAGCUCUUGCUUCUUCAAUCCUGAAUUUCCAAGGCAGCCCAGAGAAGAAAAAUAUAUAUAUAAAAAAGGGUUAGAAAGAGAAAGUGAUGAUAGUCACGUCUCAACCUCCAAAGCCCUUCCUUGAAUCCAACUCCAACUCUUCAUUCAUUCAUUCAUUCAUAUCCAAAUCUUGGUUUUUUUUUCAUAACCUCAAAUAGUCAAAAUCAUAAUAAUUUAGGGACUUGAAACAAAAAACUAAAAAAAGACUCUUUCUUUUUCAUUCCUUUCUUCACAAACUUGUUUUUUUUUGGUCCCCAAAACAUGACCGAGGUGCUUCAAUCCCCAUCUCAUUUUCCUUCAACCUCAAGCUCUUCCACUCCAUGUGCUCCACCUACACCCAAUGAUGGCUCUAGCUCUAGUGCCCUUAUUAACAGUCCCAUUGUAGAUGAAAUGGUCCAAACUCAUUUGGGUUCAGAAGAAGAAGAAGAAGAAGAAGAAGAAGAAGAAGAAGAAGAAGAACAAGGAGGUGGGUUUGAUAGAAAAAGGUUAGAAAGAGACAGAGAAGGAGAUCAAGUCUCUGUUUUGGAGCUAUUAAUAGCUGCUUUUCGAAAGUCUUUAAUUGGGUGUAGUCAAACUGAGAGAGGGAAGCUUUCUUCAUCUUCAAUGGAGAUUGGAUGGCCUUCUAAUGUGAGGCACGUUGCCCAUGUUACCUUUGACCGCUUUAAUGGCUUUCUUGGUUUGCCUGUUGAGUUUGAACCUGAAGUUCCCAGGAGGCCUCCAAGUGCCAGUGCAAAUGUUUUUGGGGUUUCAACCGAGUCCAUGCAGCUUUCAUUUGAUUCCAGAGGGAACAGUGUCCCUACAAUUCUUCUGAUGAUGCAAAGACACUUAUAUGCUCGAGGGGGUUUACAAGCUGAAGGGAUCUUCAGAAUUAAUGCUGAUAACAACCAAGAGGAGUAUGUUAGGGAUCAGUUAAAUAGGGGAGUGAUACCUGAUGGUGUUGAUGUGCACUGUUUGGCAGGUCUUAUUAAGGCUUGGUUUAGAGAGCUUCCAACUGGUUUGUUAGACUCCCUCUCACCCGAGCAGGUAAUGCAGUCCCAAACAGAAGAGGAGUGUGCUCAACUUGUGAGAGUCCUUCCCCCAACAGAGUCUGCGUUGAUUGAUUGGGCAAUAAACUUAAUGGCUGAUGUUGCACAGUUUGAACAUCUGAAUAAGAUGAAUGCACGCAAUGUCGCCAUGGUGUUUGCACCGAACAUGACUCAGAUGGCAGAUCCUUUGACUGCAUUGAUGUAUGCAGUUCAAGUGAUGAAUUUUCUCAAGAAUCUUAUCGUCAGGACACUUCGAGAAAGAGAAGACUCUGUGGUAGAAACGUGUCCCCACACCCGCCUAGAGCCUUCCAAUGAUGAUGGGCACCAAAGCUCUUCCCAUCCAUUUCUGGAAGAGACCAAGGAGGAGACCAACUUGGAAGAUGAAGGUGAUAAAGCCUUUGUCACCGAAGAACCAGCUUUCGACAGCCCUUGUCACUCAACUCAAGAUGAAAAUUGUACAACAGGAGGUGGAGCUCAAAGUUUCCUAUCUUCCAUUGAGAAUAUCAUUCCGGGAGGAAAAUGGUCUCUUGUUGAUAGCUGUCCUUGUGAAGUUGUAUCCCAAGUUAGCUCUUUACAGAAUGCUCUCCAAGAUGGUUCCACAGGUCAGAGUGGGGAUGCUCAAAAGAGCUUGCAUAAGAACAAAACAGGUCAGUCAAGCACUUCAAGUUUCAAGAAUGGUUCCAAGAAGUUGAAUGAGCAGAUAAUCAUUCAGAGCGCUCGAGCUAAUGAGAAGAGCAAGAAAACCAGCAUUCUUGGCCGCAUUAAUUCAAGAAAAGAGCUGGUUGAAGCUUGGCGUUGAAGCGAAAGUGUUCUUGGUUCUGUUUUGGGGAAAAGAAUGGAGAAUGGGGUAAUGGCUUAACUUGUCAACUGGUGAAAAUGUUGGCAGUUUUGUUUCUUUUACCUCUGUUGUCGUAAAAUGUUUGUGUAUGGUUUCCUGUGUGUUUUUUCACGUUUGGUUCAUUUUUAACUUGUUUUUGUUAUUUCACAUAUUGGUAAAGCCAUGUUAACCAAAGUAAAGAUUCUAACCCAAUUUCCAUGGCUAUUACUUCUA